CUGUGAUUAGCUGAUGACCGGUUCUCAUUGUAGAAAUUACAACUGAAAGCAAAAAAAAAGACAGUUUUUGAUGUUUUUGAGCAAAAAAAUCGACAAUUUCUUUGUUUAGCCAUUUUUUUCACUAGUUCAGGAAACACAUCCUAAUGCUAAACAUAUGUCGUUCUAGUCUAAUUCUAAAUCUCAAAUUUGGGAUAAACUGCACCAACGUGAAACCGGGGUUUAGUGAAUUUGAGAGAAACCUUUUAAAAAAAAAUAAAAAUUAGUGAGUAAUCGAAGAAAGAUAUCUUGUAACAGUCAAGUGGAAUGUCUGUUAGAGAAACAAAAGUGGUAAAACAAAACUUUGAUAGUCAACAGCUUCCAAACAUUAGGUCAGUCCACUUAAAAUUUUUCCACAAUGGCAGCCUUAUGAAAUUUCUAAGAAAGAAGAGUUGGUGACGGGUCAAUUUCCAAUUUAUGAGAGUUGAUGGCACAUCAAUAAACCAGUAAGAAAUCAGCAUAUUCACUGCAGUCUGGUCUAAGUGUGCUGAUAUCUUCAUAUCAUGAUUUAUUAGAUUGAGGUUAUGCUUCUUUCAGUUUCUUCUUUCUUUCUUUACCCAAGACCAAAAAUAUUUUAUCCAUGGAAGUUAUAGGUCCUCUGAUUGGUAUACUUUGCAGUACAUGCGACAAUAUGGCUCGAAAAAUAAGUUAUGUUAUUAAUGUGAACCGAAAGGUUCACUCCCUCACAACUUUACUAGAGGAAUUGAAGUACAAAAGGGAUGACAUACAGAGACAGGUUGAUUGUGCGGAGUUGAAAGGAUUGAUCUGCACAUGCCAAGUCCAAGGGUGGCUAGAAAGAGUUAAAGAUGUUGAAACUAAAGCAAGCUUGAUUACUGGAGUUCUUGGGCAGAGGAAGCAAUGUUUUAUGUGCUGUGUUGCAAAUUCUUGUACGAGAUACAAGCUUAGCAAGAGAGUUUCGGAGUUACAAAUGGAAAUUAAUGAACUUAUUGGAAAAGGAGCUUUUGAUGCUGUUAUAGCAGACGGGUUGGUUUCUGAAACAGUUCAGGAGAUGCCCAUUAGGCCAUCUGUCGGCCUGAAUAUGAUGGUGGAGAAGGUUCAACAGUUUCUUGCUGAGGAUGAAGUUGGAAUUAUUGGAAUUUAUGGAAUGGGAGGCAUAGGAAAGACAACCCUCUUGAAGAGUAUUAACAACAAAUUCCUUACCAAAUCACACGAAUUUGAGGUCGUGAUAUGGGCUGUGGUCUCGAAGGAUUUUAUUGUUGAUAAUAUCCAACAGGCUGUUGGUGCAAGGUUAGGCUUGUCUUGGGAAGAAUGUGAAGGUCGGGAGCAGCGAGCAUGGAAAAUUUACAGAGUAAUGAAAAGUAAAAAGUUUCUUCUCUUGUUAGAUGAUGUUUGGGAAGGAAUUGAUCUUCAGCAGAUUGGAAUUCCUCUUCCAAACAAGGAAAACAAAUGCAAGGUGAUAUUUACAACACGUUCGCUGGAUGUGUGCAGUGACUUGGAUGCUCAUCGGAAACUCAAAGUGGAAAUCUUGGGAAAGGAGGAUUCGUGGAAACUAUUCUGCGACAAGAUGGCAGGAAGGGAAAUUUUGGAGUGGGAAUCUAUUAGACCUUAUGCCGAGACCAUUGUCAGAAAAUGUGGCGGCCUGCCUCUUGCCUUAAUUACCAUAGGAAAAGCUAUGGCCAAUAAAGAGACUGAGGAAGAAUGGAGGUAUGCAGUGGAGAUACUGAACAGAUACCCAUCAGAAAUUCGAGGUAUGGAAGAUGUAUUUACUCUUCUCAAAUUCAGCUAUGAUAAUUUAGAGACUGAUACUCUGAGGUCAUGCUUCUUAUACUGUGCUCUGUAUCCUGAAGACUAUUCUAUUGACAAGGAGCAGCUUAUAGAGUAUUGGAUAGGGGAAGGAUUUCUAGACAGUAAUGUUCAUAAUAAAGGACAUGCUAUUAUUGGAUCUUUGAAAGUCGCAUGUCUAUUAGAAACUGGUGAAGAGAAGACCCAAGUAAAGAUGCAUGAUGUAGUCAGAAGUUUUGCCUUGUGGAUAGCAACUGAAUGCGGAUUGAACAAGGGUCUAAUUCUAGUGGAGGCCAGUAUGGGUCUGACUGCAGUCCCAGAUGCUGAAAGGUGGAAUGGAGCACAACGAGUUUCAUUAAUGGACAAUGGGAUCACAACCCUAGCAGAGGUACCUGACUGCCCCAAUUUGUUAACAUUGCUGCUGCAGUAUAACAGCGGUUUGAGCAGAAUUCCAGAUACGUAUUUUCUUUUAAUGCCCUCUCUAAGAGUUUUGGAUUUGUCAUUAACUAGUCUUAGAGAGCUCCCUGCAUCCAUCAAUAGAUUGGUCGAGUUACAACAUCUUGACUUGUCAGGAACAAAGAUAACUGCAUUGCCUAAAGAGCUUGGGCAUCUGUCAAAGUUGAAGCAUUUGGAUUUGCAACGUGCAACGUCUCUUAGAACAAUCCCACAGCAGGCUUUAUCGGGCCUUCUGCGAUUGAGAGUCCUGAACUUUUAUUACAGUUAUGCAGGUUGGGGAGGAAACAAUUCUGAGACUGCGAAAGAAGUUGGGUUUGCAGACUUGGAAUGCUUGAAGCACCUAACAACACUUGGUAUCACUAUUAAGGAAUCAAAGAUGCUGAAGAAGCUUGGUAUUUUCAGCAGCUUGCUGAAUACUAUACAGUAUUUGUACAUAAAGGAGUGCAAAAGACUAUUUUGUUUACAAAUAUCAUCAAACACCAGUUAUGGCAAAAACUUGAGAAGACUCAGCAUCAAUAACUGUUAUGACUUAAAGUACUUAGAAGUCGACGAAGAGGCAGGAGAUAAGUGGCUUCUUAGCCUGGAGGUUCUUGCCUUGCAUGGUCUUCCGAGCUUGGUAGUAGUGUGGAAGAAUCCAGUGACUCGAGAAUGUCUGCAAAAUCUUCGUUCGGUGAACAUUUGGCAUUGCCAUAAGUUGAAGGAAGUUUCAUGGGUUUUUCAACUUCAAAAUUUGGAGUUUCUUUACCUGAUGUACUGCAACGAGAUGGAAGAGGUGGUGAGCAGGGAGAAUAUGCCAAUGGAAGCUCCAAAGGCAUUUCCAAGCCUAAAAACUCUAUCCAUCCGAAACCUACCUAAACUGAGGAGUAUCGCUCAAAGGGCAUUGGCAUUUCCUACCCUGGAAACUAUUGCAGUGAUUGAUUGCCCAAAGCUGAAAAUGCUGCCAAUCAAAACACAUAGCACCUUGACAUUACCGACAGUGUACGGGAGCAAGGAAUGGUGGGAUGGACUUGAGUGGGAUGAAACCACCUCUGUAUCUGCUUCACUUCCAAAAUUCAUGUCAAUUUGAUUCAUAUAGCUACGGCUUUUUCUUUUCUUAUUAACUGGGCUCCGCCUGUUGAAAAAUCACAAAGUCACAGCCUUGGAGAGGAUUGCGACUGAGCCAAGCUUUAGAACAGAAACAACUUCUUGCUUUUCUUCAUAGCAAUUGCCAUAUCAUAUAAUUCGAUUCUCGCUUUUCCUC